AUGGACAAAAUCUCCCUUCACUCAUCGUCCAUACAAGAGCGACGCAGACUAUUCGAAGACAUAGAAGCCACCAUAGGCCAAUUAGCGCAAAAAGGUGAAAAUGUCGACAAUCAGGCCAUGUAUCAAAAGGUUCUUUCGAAAUUUCCGGUCGGGAUCCAACGUAAAGUUCUUCACAAAAAGAUCACUGCUCCCGACGAAGCCUUCACCAUGCAGCAGCUUCUAAAAUAUUUUGAAGUGGUUAUAACCAGCGAGGAACAGGUAUGUCGCCAGACCAGCGCAACACCUCCUCGAGAUACUGUUAGCUUCGACAACAAAGACAAACACUGGAAGCCGCCGACAACAAGGCUCCUGUGCAUGUAUUGUAAAGGCGACCAUAAACCACGUCGGACAAGUGACACCAGCCAAAGACAAAAGUUUCACGAAAUCUAG